AUGACGGAAGGAAGCUUUUCUUCUCAUGGGACGACUCCCAAUAGCUCCAUCGGGCGGCAGGCCACCCGGACGAACACGGAAAAGACAGCCGUCAUGACGGGCAACUUCGAAGCCCACAAUGACGACGACGACCCUCGCUCCCCUGUGCGGCCUUCCAUAGCCGCCAACCCUUUCUCGCGACGUGCCUCGCUGGAUCUCGACGACUACUUUGUCGGGCCCCGCGACCUGUCCCGCCACUCCAAGUGGCCCUUGUUCAUGCGCAUGCACGGCAGCAUCGUGCCCAAGAUGAUUGUACCCUUGCUGUUUGUGGGCGCGUGGGCCACCGCCAUUGUUCUCAUCUCCAAGCACGUCUACAACCUGGGCGUGGAGUCGGUCUUGCUGACCAUCACGGGUUUCGUGGUCGGUCUUGGCCUUUCCUUCCGCAGCUCGACGGCGUACGAGCGCUAUGCCGAGGGCAGACGCUACUGGCAAGUAUUGACCAACGCUUCGCACUCCCUUGGUCGCGUCUUUUGGAUCCACGCCAAUGAUCCCGAGGGACAGGAUCCCCGUGAGCUGAUGCUCAAAAAGGUGACUGCCAUGAACUUGGUUGUCGCCUUCUCCGUCGCCCUCAAGCACCAGCUUCGCUUCGAGCCCUUUACAGCCUACUCGGACAUGCAGCACAUGAUCGGCCACCUCCAAACCUUUGCGCGUGAAGCCACGACCGCGCAGCCAGAGAAGGCGCAGGGGCAGAGGAAGAAGUUCUUCAAGGAGGUCGGCGAGUACCUUGGUAUCUCGUUCGCGACCAGCAACCCUCGCAAGAUGAUUAAGAAGUCGGAAAAGCCCCUGGGAAAUCUCCCCGUUGAGAUCCUGAGCCAUCUUGCCAUCUGCGUAGACGAGAUGUGCCGCAAUGAGCAGCUUGAUGUUCCCAUGCAGCAGACUAUGGCGUACAACAACCUCGCCCUGCUCAACGACUGCAUGACUGGUUGCGAGCGUGUGCUGAACACCCCUCUUCCUCUGGCUUACGCCAUUGCCAUCAGCCAGAUCACGUGGGUAUAUGUGCUUCUGCUGCCCUUCCAGCUCUACUCUCUGCUCGACUGGGUCGCGAUUCCUGCCACCGUAUUUGCAUCUUACAUCAUCCUCGGCCUCCUACUCAUUGGCGGCGAGAUCGAGAACCCCUUUGGCACAGAUGUCAACGAUCUUCCUCUCGAGCUGUACUGCGAGCAGAUCGCGCACGACAUGGACGUCAUCGCCUCACACGAGAAGCGGAAUCCCCAGGACUUCGUGACCAGCGAUGCCAACAUGCCCUUGUACCCUGCCAGUACCGCGCCCAUGAGUGUCUGGAUGAGCCGUAGUGAGGACAAGAUCCGUGACGCGCUCAGAAACAAGCCGAAGAAAAUGUUUGAGAUGCGCAGGCAGCGGGACGCGGGGAAGAGUGUCCACCAGGCCGAGAACAUGGUCUGA